CAAGUGUGAGAAAGGUAGCGCAAUAAUAACGAAAGCCGAACACAAAAGAAAUUUUGAAAAACCGAAGCGAACAGUGUCUGACAUUUUUUCAAAUUGUUGUAAAUCAAUUUUUUUGUGUAUGCAAUUAGUGUAUUAACGCUAAAAUAAGCUUACUUUGUAAAUACAGUGUACAUAGAAUAUGAGCACACAAACCCGUAAUAGCGGCGGCAGUCGCAAUCAAAAGAAAUCAAAUGCUGGCAGUGGCGGCGGUGGAGGUGGUGACUCCUCGGCUAUCACACAGGCUUCACUGAAAAAGACGGAAGUUACAAAAACAGAAAAGGAAAAGUCUCAUCCAAAGCCAACUGCUGAACAGUUACGUAUUGCCCAGAUCACUAACAGCAAUACAUCGGAAGAUCCACAGAUGCGUGAAAAAGUCGCCACACUUAUAGAAAUGACUCAGCGUUCCGAGGAGGAAGUUUGCUGUGCUUUAAACGAGUGUGACAACAAUUUAGAACGUGCUGUUGUAUUUCUUCUAGAGACCCUACCAGUGGGGGCAUUUGAGACAUCUUCAAAGAAGAAAAAGAACAAAGCUGCAAAUGCUGCACAGGAUAAUAAUGGUGGUGGAGGUGGCGACGGUGAUUGGGCCGAUGGCAAUGCCAAUACGGACAGGCGUGAAAAAUCACGCAAUCGUAACAGUAGUAACCGUGGUGGUCGUGGAGGUUCCGACAGUCGUGGUUGGCGCGGAAGAGAGGCCCGCGAAAAUGAACGCAAUUCCAGAGGAGGUGGCGGUGGAGGUGGUGAUAGGGAUGAUCGUACCAACGACAACUAUCGCAGUGGACCACGUAGCGGCGGCGAUGGCCGUCGUGGUGGCAGUGGUGGUGGUGGCCGUGGUGGUGGCUACGUUGGCCGGGGUGGUCGUGGUGGUGGUCGUAUGGGAGGAGGUCGUGGUAUUGGCGGACGUGGUGAUAGAAGUGUUGGUGAAGGUGGCGGUUAUAGGUCACGUUACAACAACUCCAACGAGGAUCACCAAGAGGUUGAGCUGUGGGAUAAUAGUAUUGCCCAAAGUACAGAGAAACAGCAACAACAAACACAGGAUGAUGCAUGGGGAGAUUGGGAUAAUGAAGAGUAUGUCGGUUCACUUAAGGACAGCAAAGUGUUUACUACGAGCAAUUUGCCAAAUCAAACGGCAGCCAGUGUACUGAGCAGUGGUUUGGCUGGCAGUGACAACGCAACUAGUGCGGGAGGAACUAGUGAAAUUUCGGCACCACCGGGACUGGAACACCAUCUAGGCACUUCAGUGAUGGGCGGCACAUCUGCGUCACAGUCACAGGGAUCUCAUUUGAACUCCCUGGUGGAUGACAAUAGUGGCGGCAGUAAUUUAAUUACAGCAAAGACUACGCCCAUGAUGCAGUAUAGUGCUGCUGUAAGUAGCACGCCCCAAAUGCAACAACAGCAGUCCACAGUGGUGGGUGGUAGUGGCAGCACACUCACUUCUGGCUCGAAUAUCAGUGGGUCUUCGGCAUUGGGCGGUUCACCAUACGGCAGUGCCGUAAUCGACACUUUCUCGAAUGCUGCAACAGCCGCCGCCAACUUGGUUCAACAAGUCCAGCAACAGCAGCAACAACAUCUGGCCCCACAAAUCAAACCCUCGACGACAUUGUCCGCCGAGCAAUCACAGUAUUUCAAUUUACUGGCAACACAGAAUGCCGCAACACAAAAUGCUGCAGCCGCAGCGGCCGCCGCUGCAGCUGCUGCCGCCAGCAAUGCUCAGCAAAUGCCCACGUACGCCCAGAAUCCGGCAACAGUGCAAUAUCAAACUUCGUAUGCCAAUGUCUUUGGUAGUGCAGCUGUAAGUGGAUCUUCGACGUCAAUGACAACGGAUCCUACGUCACAGAUAACAAGUGGACAGCAAACGCAAGUACGGCGGGCACGUGCUAAACUUCCACCACCCUCUAAGAUUCCUGCAAGCGCUGUCGAAAUGCCAGGUGAUUCAUUAAACAACAUUGGUUAUUUGGAUGUACAGUUUGGUGGCUUAGAUUUCGGUACCGACGACUCGUUUGAGAAUUUAUCAGAUAAAUUGAAUAAUUCGGUUAAUCUGGGCGAUGGUCAGCAACAGAGCCAGCAGCAACAGCAAAAAUCUUUGGCUCAAUCACCACCCGAAGUAAGUUCGUCAUAUGAACAAAGUAAAACAGUGGCAAAUCAUCAGCAACAACAGCAGCAGCAGCAGCAACAACAACAGCAAUCUGCAUUAACAGCAGCUGGUUUACCAAAUUCCCAUUUGACCGAUUCUCUGACAGCCACCUACACACAAAGAGCUGCCGCACAGCAACAACAUCAGCAGCAGCAACAACCUCAACAACAACUGAGUGGCGUUGUAAGUGGAGGUAAUUCAUCUGUGGGUUCUGCAGGCAGCAAUGCUUUAGAUCAAUUGACCAAAAAUGAUCCAUACAAUCAGAAUACAAAUUCGGCCACAGCCUAUCAAAAUUCGUAUCAAAGCAGCAGUAAUGUUGUUUCGAACAAAGGUGUCUCGAAUGCCUAUCAACCUUCGGUAGCCUCACAAGGCUACAAUAAUUCGGCAUACGGAAAUGUACAGUCAUCUGUGGCAAAUUCAUACCAACCUCAAGCAUACGGUUCAUACCAACAAAAUUCGAUGACCUCGUAUCAGCAACAACAGCCAUCUGUCACCGGCACCCAAAGUGCCUCGAAUGUUACUGGCUCAAGUAAUGUUGGUGUAGGUGGUGGCUCCAGUUCAACACAAAACAUUCCUUCUGUAGGUGGUAACAGCAGUAAUUCGGCGACGGUAAAUUCAAAUUCAAGUUAUUUGACGUCUGCUUAUGGAUCGCAACAAAAUGCUUACCAGUCUAGCCAAAGUGUUUAUGGCAGUACUGGACUGUCAAAUAAUUCAGGAUUUGCUGGCAGUACUAGUACGGCAUCAUCUCAAUAUAGUAACUUCAGUUCAAGCGGUAAACUGAAGGACACAUCGGCGUCAUCAAAUGCUUCUCAUUACGAAAGCGUUUCAUCCAGUGGCGCUAUUAGUAAUAGUGGAACAGCCGUAAAUUCCGUUUCGAGCGGUGUCAAUUCCAGUAAUGCUGUAACAAAUAGUAUGAUCUCAUCCACACAUUUAGGUGCAUUAACAAGCAAUUCAAAUGUUACUCCAUCUUCUUCUUUAGCUAACAACAACAGCAGUAGUUCGAAUAAUAACAGCAACAGUGGUGUUGUCAAUAAUUCCACAUCAAAUGUGGUGUCGCAGUCAGCCAGUGGUGCCGUUAAUGCCAGUGGCAAUAGCAGUAGCAAUAGUAGUAAUACAAAUAGCAGUAGUGUCGUCUCAGCUGGUGGUGUUGGUGUAAGUGGUGGCGUUGGAGGUGUUAGUUCAUCAUCUGUGGUGGCCGCAUCGUCGGGCGUUUCAUCCGUGUCGAAUAAGACUGGUAGUGGUGUAUCGGCUAGUGGUGCACCGACUGGUGCUGCUAGUGGCGCAGGAGGCGCCGGCGCUGGUAGUGGUGCUGGUGGAAUGGUACCCAACAUCCAAAUGGUUAGUCAAUAUAUUCAGACUUCAUUGCCAUACUAUCAGCAACCAGUUUAUUCUUACGAGGAUUUACAAAUGAUGCAACAGAGAGUGCCACAUGUGCAAGGAUAUUAUGAUCUUAAUUACACACCUACUAGCCUGGGAGCGGGUCGUGAUAAUUUAGGUUCAGUGGCUUAUUCAACAAUGACUGAUGGCCGUUUUACCAGAACUGACAAUAAUUCCAGCCCUGUUAGUAAUGUUUCCAGUACCAUGUCGCAACAAGCUGGUUCUAGUGGACCUAUGCUUAAUGUUCCUUAUGCAUAUUUCUAUGGUGGCAAUGUUAUGCCCGGCAGUUUCCAAUAUGGUACACCAGCUAUUUAUCCACAAAUUCCAGCUGCUAAUACAGCUUCGGGUGGACAAUUCCCUAAGCCUUCUUAUAAUACUGGUUAUGGAUCAACCAAUUAUGAUGCUCUUUCGCAAGCUUCACAAGACUAUACAAAAGGAACGUAUCCAUCUAGUGUUAACCAACAAACAAAGUCACAGAAUGUAACGAAUCCCCCACAAGCUGGUACAGCUUCGGAUAUAACAUCCUCCAUGUAUGGCAAAGGACAUGUGGCGCUUAAUAAAGUCAAUUCAUACGAGAAACAAAAUUUCCAUUCUGGCACGCCUCCACCAUUUAAUAUGGCAAAUACACAGACUGCUGGCGGCACAUCAGCUCAACCUUACGGCAUGUAUUUACCAACAAUGCCAGCUGCUGGACAUCAUAUGAUUCAUCCACCAAUUCACCAGAUGGACGGCAGGAUUCACAAUUCAUCCCGCCGGGAUUCAAAUAGCACUGGACAACGUCAACCUACAAGCAGCCAAUCAAAAUCGGCCACUAAGCAAGGGUAUUCACCCUCUUAUUGGACUGGCCAAAAUUGAGCGGCUUUAAAUUUUGUUUGAUAAGAAGACGACUACCUUUUUUUAAGAUCAACAAGCAGGCGAGAUUAAAAACUCCUUUUAAAAUAGAUGAUAUGGAUUAUGUGGAAAAGAAAAAUUUAAUAAUUUUUGUUUUGGAAAGAAAUAACCUGGACAUGAUGAAAUGCUCGCUAUUGCGCCUGCUAAUAUUUAAUAAAAAUAAUAAUAAUAAUAAUGCUUAAUAUUAACAACUAGAACUACAAAAGUAAUAGAGAACAUCUCCUCCUCAUCCCCCUCAAAUAAUAAUAAUUAUAAUAAUAAACAAAGAAACUCCUCAAAUAGACUCCGUACCAUUGUUAGAGGGAAAUGUUAUGUAACAUAAAUCCUUCGUCUCUUAACACACAGUAUACACAGUAUAAUUAUAAAACAUAUAUUUUUUUUGUAUUUUUUUUAUAUAUAUAUGUAAUACAAAACUAAUAACGUUUAGCCGCUAGAAAGUGUAAGCAUUUUUAGUUUUUUGUUUAUAUAUAUAGAGAGCAAAUACAUGUAUUUGUUUAACUAUUUACGUCGUCAUUUAAUUGCCCAUUAUAAUUUUUUUUUGUUAUUAAUUUAAAAAAAACAACUAAUUUUAUUUUAUUGUAGUGAUUAGUUGUCCCUACCAAAAAAAAAAUAAGAAAAAGCACUUAAAUUAACAAAUAAUUAAUUAAUUUCAUCAUAGAAGUUUUAAUAUUUUAACUAAUAACCUGACCUCAUCCUUUCACUACCACGAUUACCAGCUCCAUUCCCUCCUACACUCCCUAUCCUGUCUCCCUUCUAUCACAAAUUCAUAAUUAUUUACACACACUCACUCCCCACAUCUAACCACAGCAAUCAUACACACACACCCACUCUCACAUUUUUUAUUACAAAACAAUGAAAUAAAAAGAAAUAAAUGAUAACAAUUAUCAAAUAAUUUAAUUAAAAUAAUUAUUAUAUUAUUAUAAACAAAAAAUAAAUAAUAAAAUACAAAUACAAACACAACCAACCCAUUAAUUACUACUACUAUAUUGUAUUGUACGUAUUUAUACACAUACACAAACAAACAUUUUACAUAUACGAAUACUAUACAUACAUACAUAUAUUUUAUAAAAAAAACAACAAAAAACUGAGCAAGGAUUAUAAAUUUUUUUUAAAUUAACUUAAUCCUUUCUUCUCCUUAUCUCUCCCCCAAAUAUAAAUACAUACACAAAUACAAACAUACUUAUAAAUAUAUACACAUUUAUAUAUGUAUAUUUAUAUGCGUAGCAAAUUGUCGUAUUGCAAAGCAACAAAUAAAUAAAUAAACAAAAAUUAAUAAGUUUAAUUAAAACACAUUCUUAACAUUAAACAAAAGAGAAAGAAAAUAAAAUUAUUUAUUAAUAACACAAAAGGAGCAACAUAAAAGAAACGAAAAAAAGGAGUAAAAACAGAAAUUAUAUUAAAAAAUAAAAAUAAAUGAAAAACACAAAUAAAUAUUGUAAUCGGUUUAAACUUAUAUGUAUAAUUAUAAUAAUCUUAAUAUUUAAAUUAAAUACAACAAACAAAAAAUAUGAUUGAAUCCAAAUAAA